UCGUCCAACAGAGGGCAGGCAGCAGCCACCAGACUCUGUACAACCAAAGUCCAAUGUUUUUGAACAGUUUGAGCUCAACCUAGCAUUUAGCUUCAGCUACAUUCACAGGAUGACAACUAAAGCCUGACUGCAGAGGGAAAACACACUUCUAAUGAGACUGAGCGAUGUCUUGUAACGUGGACUUUGUUUUUCCUCCAGGGGAUGAGGAAGAGAAAAAGGAGCCAGUGGACAUGGACGGUGAGAAGGAAGAAGACAACUGGAGUGAAGAACUCAGGUUGGUCCUCAUCGGAAAGACCGGAUCUGGCAAGAGUGCGUCUGGAAACACCAUCUUGGGCCGAAGGCAGUUCCUGUCGCAGAUCAGUGCCAGCUCUGUCACCCAGAUUUGCCAGCUUGGGAGCGCUGAACUCGCUGAGGAAGAGGAUGCUGAGGAGGAUGGCCAGACUGUCACACGGAAGAGGAUGAGGAGAGUUGUGGUGGUUGACAUGCCAGGUUUUGGGGACACUCACCUCAGUGUGGAGCAGAUUCAUGCAGAGAUAGCCAAAUGCGUGUCUCUGUCUGCCCCUGGGCCACAUGCUUUCCUUCUGGUGGUGCCAGUAGGUCGUUACACAGACAAUGAGAACCAGGCUGUCUGCGAGUUGGCUAAGAUAUUUGGGGAGGAUGCAGUCCGUCACCACACUGUGGUUCUUUUUACCAGGGGCGAUGACCUGGAGGGCCUAGCGAUUGAAGAGUACCUGAGGGAGACUGCACCUGCUGGGCUUAAGGCUCUGAUUGACAGGUGUGGGGGCAGGUACCAUGUACUCAACAACAAAGACCCCAGUAACUUAGUGCAGGUUAACAAACUCUUAAUGAAAGUGGACAAGAUGGUGAAGCAGACUAACAAAGGGUUUUAUACUAACACAAUGUUUGUAGAAGCAGAGGCUGUCAUCAGGGAGGAGCAGGAAAGGAUGUUGAGGGAGCGAGGGCAAGCAGAGGGGGAGGAACAAGGAAACAAUGGGAGCUUGGAAGAACGGGCUAAACUUGCAAAACGAAGGAAAUGUGACUUGGAGUCUAACGGAGCAGAGGGCACCGAUAGAGGAUCACAAGGGGUCAGAAAGAGGGAGUUGGAGGGAGGAAAUGAAGAUUUUAGGGUGGAGAGAUGGAGAGAGGAGAGCAGAGGCAGCGGCUUCAGCCUGCUGAGGGACCGGUUCAGAGGCAGGCGCAAAAGCUGCAGCAGGACCGUGAGCCGGCGACAUGCCCUCAGGUCAUCCUUGAUGAGGAGGGAGGCUGCGCUCUCUGCUAAGGUCCUGGAGAGAGUUAAGAUCCUGGUGGCUGCUGGAGCCACAGGCAUGGCAGUGGGAGCAGUGUUUGGAGCAGCGGCCCCUUUAGCAGCCGCAGCCGGGGCAUCUCUCAUGGGGAACUCGGUUGGUUUUGCUGCAAGUCAGUUUGCUGGGAUGUCUGUAGCGGGAGGCACUAGUGUUGGGAAAGCUGUGGGGGCAAUAGUGGCAGCAGCCUCAGGGAAAACUGCAGUGGCUCUGGGGGCAGCAACAGGUGGAGUUUUAGGUGGUUCUGUUGGAGCCAUUGUUGGCACUGAGGCUGCCAGUCCUGGGGAGGGCGCGCUGGAUGCCCUCGGGCAGGUCAGUGUCAUAGGGGCCUCUGCUGUGGGGUUGGCAGCAGGUGUGGGAGGCACCAUGGGAGCUGGGGCUGCUCUUGGCGCAGCUCUGGAGGGAGCAGCUUUCAGCACAGCAGCUCUCAGUGGAGCUGAAACUGCAUCAGUAGGGGCAGCUGGUGUAGCCAGUGCACCUGUAGCUCAGAGUAGUUUUGCUUCAGCAGCAGGGCAUCAUGCAGUGGCCACUGUAGGAGGUGUAGUCACUGGGACUCCUCAGUGUGCUGCAGCAGGAGCAGCCUUAGCUCAGGAGAUAGCUGUGAAUGUCCCAGUGGCUGCUGGGUCUCCUGGUGCUGUGUGUGGGUUAACAGGGCCCAGUAUGGCGUCAGUGGCCAGCAGGGUGUCAGACCACUGGGGCACUGUGGCAACAACAACACGGAUCCUGAAUGCAGUGGCUGAAAUAGGCAAGGCUGCAGCAGGCAUUGCCCUGGCUGGUGGUCUGGUAGUGAAGGUGGUAAAAGAGAAAGUCAGAUGUGGCACAAGAACAACUGAAGCCAGUUACACAGAGAAGAAGUCUUAUGAGAUCUACUGGAACAAAUAAAUACAAUGAAACAAUUUGCAUAUAUUUUCCUAGCCAUACCAUGUCGGAGAUGCACAGCUAGCAGUGAGAGAAAUGUAAUAUAAAACAAUAUCAUAUGAACAAGUAAUGACACAUUAUAAAAGUUAAAAGAAAGCAGAAGUUGUAAUUGCAAAUAUUGAUAGGAACUGUUUGAGGCUGGUGAAUGAGUUCAGUGACACAAUGCUGUGUGGGAUGACUAAUGAAGGAUAUCUGGUGCACAGUCCUGUGAUACCUUUACUUUAUUUCCCCUUUUAUUCAAACACAUUUUUAUCUAAAUCAGUUUACGAGGCAAUUGAUUCACCUUGCUGUUGGUUGGUUUGGAACCAGACCUGAUGUCUUCAUACACAUUUAUUUUUAUAAAAUAAAGAGAAAUUAAAAACAGACAUUUACUCCUGGAAACUGGACUGCUGAAAAUGUGGGUCGUCACAACUCAACUUUGUAAACUCGAUGAAUGAAUGGCGUGAAUUUCAUAAAAGUUUUUAAUUUUACUUUUUCUUUCACACUCUUUAAAGAAUCACAGAAUUAUAAAGAGACUAUAAGAAAUUCUCUUAAGCACCAUAUUAAAGUGUUUGCUGCGUGAGAUCAAUUUGUGUAUAUAAUUAUUCUUGAGUGUGGAAAAUGAACAAAAGGACUGAAGUAAUAAAAAGCACUUAAACGUUGUGGUUUCCUACCUGUAACAUGUAAACCACAGACGAGUUUUGCUGUUAUGUAUUGUGUUAACGCUGGUUUUGACCAACCAGUACCACUGGUUUUCAACUACUGUAAAUGUAUCAACAGGUAAUACGUGUGUUAACUUUGGUGCAGUUAAAUAAAACAAGCAUUCUGACAUGA